AUGGCUUUUGCAUCACAAAACACCAAAAAAAGUAGUCUUGUCCAUGUUUUUCUUGUCGCGUUUACUGGUCAAGGCAUUGUUAACCCUCUUCUUAGACUAGGGAAGUGUCUUGCUAGCAAGGGUAUGUUGGUUACCUUCUCUGCACCAGAACGAGUUGGCAAAGAGAUGAGAGCUGUCGACGAGAACUUGAUCAUCGAUAAAUCAAUUCCUUAUGGAGAUGGUAUGAUCAGGUUUGAAUUCUUCGAGGAUGGAUCCUCGGACUAUGUUGAUCCAUCCAAAAUUAAUGAUUUUGACUUGGUUAUGGAAAUGUUUGAACAAGCUGGAAGAAGGAGCUUGACUAAAAUCCUGAAGAAACAGGAUGACGAAGGUCGUCCUGUUUCUUGUAUAGUUAACAAUCCAUUUACUCCAUGGGUAUGCGAAAUUGCUGAGAGUCUUGGAAUACCUAACGCGUUGCUUUGGGUUCAAUCUUGUGCUUGCUUUUCGAUAUAUUACCAUUAUCAUUUCAACUCUGUACCCUUUCCAAGUGAAUCCGAACCUGAAAAGGACAUCGUCCUACCUAACAUGCCUGUUCUGAAAUACGAUGAUCUGCCUACGUUCCUAGUCCUGUCGAGCCCUUUCCAGGCGUUGAAACGGGUUAUUUUGGAUCAAUUCCACAAUUUGUCCAAACCUUUUUGCGUACUGGCGGACUCAUUCCAAGAACUUGAAGAUGAGGUGGUAAGUCAUAUGUCGAAAAUUUGCCCCAUUAGAACUAUUGGUCCCCUGUUAGACAAUGUGUGUUUGUAUUAA